AAAAGGAAAAAAAAAAAAAGAAGCUCCACGCAGCUCCGGGUUUUCCCACAAUCGCUUCGAUGGCCACCGCACCGAAACCACGUCCCACCUGAGAGGGAGCGGAUUCACCGGAGUGCAGGAGUCACGGCACCGAGCGGGAUUUACCGUCCGCGUUGGGGAAGUUAAAAAAAAAAGAAGCAGAAGAAGAAGAAGAAGGUCCGGCUGACGGUGAACCUGCGGACCGCGAGGAAAGAGGGGACGUGAACGGAGGUGCCUGCAGCUCGAGAGCCCCUCCCGUCGUGCCGCCAUGGUGGAACCAGCCGACAGGCCGUCCACAGCCGGACACAGGCUGGGCGCCGCCGACAGCUUCGGGGUGUCCACCCUGGAGCCGGGCCUGCGUCCCCCCGCCCAGCCCGCGGGGCGGCAAGUCUCCAUCCGGGUGCAGAUGCUCGACGACACGCAGGAAGUCUUCCAGAUAUCGCAACGUUCCGUGGGCAAAGUGCUGUUUGACCUGGUCUGUGUCCAUCUCAACCUGGCUGAGGGAGACUAUUUUGGACUGGAGUACCAGGACCAUCGCAAGAUGACGGUGUGGCUGGACCUGCUGAAGCCCACACUGAAACAGAUCAGGCGGCCUAAAAACACCAUCCUCCGCUUCGUGGUGAAGUUCUUCCCUCCUGACCACACGCAGCUCCUGGAGGAGCUGACUCGGUACCUGUUCGCUCUGCAGAUAAAACGCGACCUGGCCUGUGGUCGACUCGUCUGCAACGACACAAGUGCCGCUCUCCUGGUGUCGCACAUUAUUCAGUCUGAAAUAGGAGAUUUUGAUGAGACCCAGAGCUGGCAGCAUCUCCUCCACAACAAGUACCUGCCCGACCAGGACGCCAUCAGAGACAAGAUCACCGACUGCCACCGCCAGCAUGUCGGGCAGACUCCCGCGGAGUCGGACUACCAGCUGCUGGAGAUCGCCCGGCGGUUGGAGAUGUACGGCGUCCGUCUGCACCCGGCGAAGGACCGAGAGGGAUCCAAUCUCAGUCUGUCCGUGGCGCACGUUGGCGUGCUGGUUUUUCAGGGGCACACAAAAAUCAACGCCUUCAACUGGUCCAAGGUCCGCAAGCUCAGCUUCAAACGCAAAAAGUUCCUAAUCAAGCUGAGAGCGGAUCCCGCUCAGAGCGCCCACCACGACACGCUGGAGUUCGCCAUGGCCAGCAGGGAUUGCUGUAAGGUCUUCUGGAAGAUCUGCGUAGAGUACCACGCCUUCUUCAGGCUCUUCGAGGAGCCCAAGCCCAAACCCAAACCCAUCCUCUUCACUAGAGGGUCCUCGUUCCGCUUCAGCGGUCGAACCCAGAAGCAGGUCAUCGACUAUGUGAAGGACUCGGAGCUCAAGAAACUCCCGUUUGAAAGGAAGCACAGUAAGAUCCUGUCACAUAGCGGCCUGUCACCCCAUUCUUCGUCCUUCAGAUCCCAAGUGCCAAAAGAGAGUGCCGCGUCGGUGCAGCAAGCGGACCGGCUUGACUCGGUCAGACCGGGCCAUCGAGGCGAAUGCAACGGUCCAGAGGAGGCCCCGUCGGCCACCAGCGGCCUCCGCGAUGCGGUGGCGGCGGCGCCCGGCUCCGACCCGAUUCCGUCCCGACAGAGCCACCGCGGCACCGGAUCAUCGCCGGACCCGCAGUUCCUCAACCCAGAAAGCCCCGGUUCGGAGGACUCCCCGGUGGGAAGUCACCGCGUGGUCGUUAACGGCAACGGCGCUCUGAAUGGCGUCCCGGGUCCGUGUCCCGAGGGACACCACCUGUCGCCCCUCACCAGCCCGCUGCUCACCGACGCCGGAUGUGUCCGCAACGACGACGAAGACGAGGCCAGGAGGAAGAAGUUUCCCACAGACAAGGCUUACUUCAUAGCCAAGGAGCUGCUGACCACGGAGCGGACCUACCUCAAAGACCUGCAGGUCAUCACCGAGUCCUUCCACGGUGUCGCGGUGAAAGACGAGGCCUUCCCCGACUCCGCGACGAGCCUGAUCUCCACCAGCUACGACCCCGUCCACGAGUUCCACCAGGGAUUCCUCAGGGAGGUGGAGCAGCGGCUGGCCCAGUGGGAGGGUCGCUCUAACGCUCACAUUAAAGGAGACUAUCAACGCAUUGGUGACAUUCUGCUGAAGAACAUUCAGGGUCUGAGGCAGUUGACGGUUCAUCUUCAGAAGCAUUCAGAGUGCCUGGUCGAACUGGAGCGGGUCUGCAGGUCCAGUCGGAAAGCGGAGGCUGCGUGUCGAGACUUUGAGCAGCAGAGGGUUUGCUACCUGCCCCUCAACAUCUUCCUCCUCAGGCCCCUCCACCGCCUGCUGCACUACAAACUCCUCCUGGAGAGGCUCUGCAAGCACUACCCGCCCACCCACGAGGACUUCAGGGACUGCAGAGCGGCCCUGGCGGACAUCUCCGAGAUGGUGCUGCAGCUGCAGGGCACCAUGAUGAAGAUGGAGAACUUCCAGAAGCUUCUGGAGCUGAAGAAAGAUCUGACCGGCAUCGACAACCUCGCCAUCCCGGGGAGGGAAUUUAUUCGGCUCGGUUGCCUCAGCAAGCUCUCGGGAAAGGGCCUCCAGCAGAGGAUGUUCUUCCUGUUCAGUGAUUCCUUGGUGUACACCAGUCGAGGAAUGACCCCGUCCAACCAGUUUAAAGUCCACGGCCAGCUGCCGUUGUACGGCAUGACGAUCAGAGAGAGUGAGGAGGAGUGGGGCGUCCCUCAUUCCUUCACCUUGUUUGGACAGCGCCAGUCUGUGGUUGUGGCAGCCAGCUGUGCGGCGGAGAUGGAGCGGUGGGUGGAGGACAUCAGGAUGGCCAUCGACCUGGCGGAGCAGAGCAGCAGCCCGAGCACUGACCUGCUGCCCCCCGGCCUCUCUGACAACAAGCUGACGGAGGACGGCGGAGCGGAGCUGGAGUCGGAGGACGAGCUCAGCGGCUCGCGCUCGUCUCUGGAGCGCCCCGGUCACCGUGGCAACACCACCGUGCACGUCUGUUGGCAUCGCAACACCAGCGUGUCCAUGGUGGACUUCAGCGUCGCCGUGGAGAACCAGCUGUCGGGUAACCUGCUGCGGAAGUUCAAGAACAGCAACGGCUGGCAGAAGCUCUGGGUGGUCUUCACCAACUUCAGCCUCUUCUUCUACAAGUCGCACCAGGACGACUACCCUCUGGCCAGCCUUCCUCUGCUGGGCUACUCCGUCACCGCCCCGGCCGAGUCCGAGAACAUCCACAAAGACUACGUCUUCAAGCUCCACUUCAAAUCCCACGUGUACUACUUCAGAACAGAGAGCGAGUACACCUUCGAAAGGUGGAUGGAGGUGAUCCGCAGUGCCACCUGCUCUGCCAGCCGCUCCCUGUCCAGCUCCCGGAAAGACCUUUACUGACGAAGCUGCGCAAACGCCACUAAAGACUCUUAAUGAAGACACAGAAGCCCGUCCAUCACCUCCGAAGCGCCGAUCCACUCCCACGCCGUCGCUCUCGUUACACGUCCCGCGCUGCUAGUGUCUGCCAUGGCUGUCGUCCAACGCGUAAUUCAAUUCGUGUUUUUUCCUCGUGGUUGUCCUUCGCUUCCCUUUUUGUGUCGGUCAUUGGGUGUUGUUCACACACACACACUUUAUAUUAACCCCCCACACAUCGUAUCAUGUUUACAAAAAGGAUUUUAUCAUUAUGAAAAACCUGAUCUUGGUAAAUAUUCCUUUUACAUUUGUAAAACGUGUAUAAAAAAUGCUUGAAUAAGACGUAAACCCGGAUUUUAAACUGUGGGGGAGUUUCUAAGUAUAAUUAAAUCAUUGUGUAGCCACUUUGCUCACAAUUAAAAAGCAUUCAACUUAUUUGUUUUGUACAGUACUUUGAUACACUGUGAAAUGCUUUUUUUUCAUGUUUCCAGUAGGUUUUGCUUUGUUUAAAAUGACAAAUCGCUUCAAACCUGCUUCCAACGCCAACAGAGAUUUCACUGGUCCGUCUGCCAAAUACUUUUACUAUUCUAAAUAAAGAUUGUCCAUAUGAAA